GGAGCCGAUGCGUUUUCUACUUUUCUUCUUUUUAUUUGUUCUAUAGUGAAUUAUCUGUUGGAGAAUGAUUCCCAAUAAUUGCCCCUGCUUCAGACACGUUUUACUGAAGGAAUUUUUUCUACCAAUAAAUUGAUUUGUAUUUAAUACUAGGAUAGCAGUUGGCCUAUUUCUACCAUAAACACACAUAUAUUAUUUACAGUUAAUUACACACACACUAAGAAAACUGUUUGCAAUCAUGGUUGAUGCUAUCGUUUCCGUUGUGGUGGAGCGGCUCGCUGCUACCUUAGAAGAAAAGGUCCGGAAAGAAGUAAAUCUGGUGAGAGGCGUUGAGGAUGAGAUUCGGAGUCUUUCCGAUGAUCUGAAGAAAGUUAGAAACGUGUUGGAAGAUGCGGAGAAGAAGGGGUAUAAGGACAAAAGCGUCAAAGAUUGGCUGACUAGGCUCGAAAACACGACCUACGAAAUGGACGACGUGUUGGACGAAUGGAACUACUCCGUUCUCAAAUUUCGGAUCGAACAAUCGUCUGAUCUUGAUGUUUAUGUUCCUCCUAAGAAAAAGGUAUGGUCCUCCUUCGUCCCAUCUUCGUGUUUAUGUUUCAAAAAAGUUCUCACUCGUCAUGAAAUUGCCUUGAAAAUAGAACAAGUCAAAACACGACUCGAUCUAAUAUUGGGUGAGCAAGUUCGAUUCGGUUUUCAUGAGAUCAAAUCUCAGCCCAAUGAACCUUCUCACCAAUCGUCAAGAGUUCAAACUACUUCUUUAAUUGAUUUAGAGGAAGUUUGUGCUCGUAAAUUUGAGAGUGAAAAUUUGGUGAGCAAAUUAGUGGGUGGAGGUGGUGGGGGGGAAGAAUUAGACGUAUCUGUUUUAUCUAUAGUUGGUACUGGGGGUCUUGGGAAGACAACUCUUGCUAAACUAGCUUAUAACGAUACUCGAGUUGAGAAACAUUUUGAGUUAAGAAUUUGGAUAUGCGUUUCAGAUCCCUUUAACGAGGUUGAGAUUGCAAAAGGGAUUGUUGUUGCGAGUGUGAAAAAGUUCGAUAACCCCCCUAAUACCAAUUACCAACUGGAAAUUCUACUACAAAGUCUAAAAGAGACUAUUUCACUGGAAAUGGUACUACAAAGUCUAAAAGAGAGUAUUUCAGGGAAAAAAUUUCUUCUCGUCCUGGAUGAUGUUUGGACGGAAGACAGUACCAAGUGGGAAUCUCUGAGAAUUUGUCUCAAAGGUGGUGGUUUGGGUAGUAGAAUUUUGGUGACGACCAGAAAUGAAAGGGUUGCUUUAAUGAUGGGUAGCGUUAAGAAUGACAUCCACCAUUUAGGACAUCUAUCCCAUGAAGAGUGUUGGUUAUUGUUAAGUCGAAUAGCGCUUUCUGGAAAGUGCGAGAAGGAACGUGAAAAAUUCCAGAACAUAGGUAGGGAGAUAGCCAAUAAGUGCAAGGGAUUGCCACUUGCAGCGAAGACUUUGGGAAGUCUUUUGUGUUUUAAGAAUAGUGUGGAAGCAUGGGACAACGUAUUGAAUAGUGAAAUAUGGGAAUUGGAGGAGGUAGAAGAUGACCUCUUCCGUCAUUUGCUUCUAAGUUACAAAGAAUUGUCCCCAACGCUUCAGCGUUGUUUCUCAUAUUGCGCUGCCUUUCCUAAAGAUACCGAAAUUAGCGUGGCGGACAUAAUAAGAAGAUGGUUUGCAAUGGGUUACCUAGGAUACGGUAGUGAUUGGGAAGUUAGAGGGAGAGAGUAUUUUGAUAAGUUAGCAAUGCGUUCUUUGUUUCAAGACUUUAGCAAAACAUCAAAUUUGGAUGAGGAGUCGAUAGCAUCAUUUAAGAUGCAUGAUAUAAUACAUGAUUUUGCUCAAUUUCUUAGAAACAAUGUGGGGUCAAGAAUGAAGGAAACAAAUUGCCAAACAUGUAGCCCUUUGUUAGUUUCCCAAGUCGAAAAAUACCGUAGCUUAUUUCUCACCAGAGAACUUUAUGAUCCACACUUUUGUGAUGGCCUCACAAGUGUGAGGUUGCUAAGCCUAAGGAAAUGUGGCUUGGAAGGUAUUCCGGAAGAAAUAGAAAAGUUAAUUCACUUGAGGUGGUUGGAUUUGAGUUGGAAUUACUUUGGGGCCGAAAAUGGUCUGAAGAGCAUUUGUAAACUUUACAACUUGCAAUUUCUUUUGGUGGGAGGGUGCAAGAUAAAAGAGAUUCCGCGUGAAAUUGGGAAUUUGAUUCAAUUGAAAGAAUUGGACUUAAGCUCUAAUACAGUUAUAGAGGAGUUGCCGGAGAGCAUGUGCAAUUUGCGUGAAUUAGAAAGCUUGAAUAUUAAUUCAUGCGUGGCUCUUGUUCGACUUCCCCAAGGGAUCCACAGGCUCGUAAACCUCAAACACCUCUAUAACGAAGGUACCAAUUCUUUGAAGCAAUACCCUCAAGGACUAGCCCAGUUAACUAACCUUGUCACAUUGAAAAAAUUUCAUAAUCAAGAUGGGAGCAAGUUGGGGUGGUUGAAGAACUUAAACCAACUUAGCGAUUCCCUGGAUUUGACGAUCAAAUUAACUAGUGGUGAUGAUUCGGCGGAGGUGGAGGAUGCUCGUGAAGUGGAGUUGAGGAAAAAGACGCGCAUUCGUAACCUUGUAAUAUUUUUUAAUGAAUCAACAAUGGGUGGUGAAGAAGUAAUGAAAGAGGCAUCGGCUUGGAAUGACAUACUAGAUGCUCUUGAGCCACAUCCAAACCUCCGAAAGCUGACUAUUUGUGAGUAUAAAGGCUCCCGACUUCCGAGAUGGAUAGCAUCGCCCCUCAACCAACUCACAUUUAUUUUUCUCUACAAUUGUGAAUACCUUGCGUCGCUGCCGCCGCUGGGUAAACUGCCGCUACUGAAGACUCUUCGGAUUAGUGGUUUAUCUGAGUUGAAGUUUGUUGGACGUGAAUUCCUCGGAAUAACAACAACAACUACGACUAGUAUUAUUGGUGGAUUUCCCAAAUUGGAGGAACUGUUAUUUGAGGACUGUCCAGAGUGGAAGGAGUGGGAGGACAUUACUGCCGAAGAAGAUUGUGACGGUGUCUCAAUAAUGCCUUGCCUGACAGAGCUGAUAAUCAACUGUUGCGACGGAUUGACGGAGUUGCCGCAACGCCUCAUGCGAAAGGUAUUGUCAUCAUUGAAGUUGUUGGAUAUUUUUAGUUCAACACGAUUGGAACAAGUCUACGGGGACAAGGAAGGUCAGCCCUGGAAAUCCAUUUCACGCAACAAUCCACACCUCGAGCUCAAAGUUUUGAUUAGUCCUAUUUCUCUGUAACUUUAAUUCUCUUCAUUAAAACUACGUUUCUCUGUCUUUUUCGACCUUAUUAUAUAUGGUGGUGAAUUUCAUUUUUUAUUGGCGGGGUGCGGUUUGCACUCUGUAACACAGUAGUAUAUCCAAUUUCUAUUAUUA